CCGUAGUUCGCGUCCGUUUCCUUGGAGACCGAGACCGGAAAGAAAGCGUCCAGUUUCUGGGAAGUUCGAGUGGCCUAGGGGACCGCGCGAUUCAUGCUGAGAUAAGGAAAUCGGAGAAGCCAAAUAAAUAGGCAUCCCAAGAGACCAGGGCCUCACGGACUCACGACUCGUCUUCCCUUUUCUCCAAUGGCGCUGGUCGUGCAGAAGCCGAGUCACUAUAGCAUUCGCGCCUCAAACCACAAGUUCCACAAGGAUCUGGCCUAUGUUCCAUGGCAGCGGUCCAACCAGAAAACCAAGCCAUCUGCUCUUCCUCCAGUCCAGCAAGCCAACGGCCACAAGAAAGGCAAAAUGAAGUCUUUCACUAGCAUUCAACCAGGGUUGCAUUCCAAGCCCAGCUUGUUGAGGCCGAACCAAAAGAGGAAUUCACGAGAUAAGGUGGACCCUACGGAGAUGCAGGCCAGAAUCCGGCUGAUGAGAGUAUGAGAAGCUGCUUCCCACAGGCCCUGGACCCAGGAGUACAGCAAACAUACACAGAGCUCUCCAGGGGUGCCUGACUUCUUCGUUUCCUCCUGCCUCCUGGCAGCAGUCCUGUGGGCACACUUAUCCCUGUUUUACAGAUGGGGAUACUGAGGUGCAGGGAGAUAAAUGAUUUGUACCUGUUCAUACAGCCAGAAAGUGGUCGGUGCCAGGGUUCAGAACUAGUUAAGCAAAGUGUUUGCUGUUGCAUUUAAGACUAAGAAAAAUGAUCAGAAUCACUUUUUAUUUUACUGCAUUAGAAACAGUCUAGUGGCUUGUUCAUUUUAAAAUUUCCAGUAAAUUAACCUUUCAUGGAAUGCAGUGCAUCUUGAAGCAAGGCUUAUUAGAAGCUUACUAUUAGUUUUUCAUACCAGUUGGUACAAUUUUAGAAAAUUAAUUUUCUCACCAUCCAUUGUUUUCAUGGUUCCUGUUAUUGUGUGAAAGUUUCAGAGUAUUUGAAAUGAUUAAAGAAGAGAGGUCUUUAACAUCCGUAGCAGAAAGUAAAAUAAUAAACAUUUCUAUGUAAGUAUUACAUAGAAAUAUGGAAUAAUUCUGGACUUCUCAAGGAAGUUUUU